ACCGCCGGCAUCCAGACCACCAGAAGCACCAGCUUGCUCCCAGCGAUGGCCUCACUCCUCUCUGCACCUGGAUGAAGUCAAGUCACUGUUAGGAACGCCGCCCCUCUCCCCCCCCCGGUGAAGCACAGCAUCACUUCCGCGCCCCCGCGUCCCUCCAACCUCUCCGCUCGCAGUCAUGGGGGUUCGCCGUGUCCUCUCCGCUGCUUGAGGGACUUGACGGUGCAGCGAGGCACACGCCAGGUGGAUUUAUGGUCGGUAGAGCCGCGAGAAGCAUCCCGAGGAAACGAGCGGAAGUUUGAGCAGCGGGAGGAUGCUGAGGAUGUGCUGGUGCGCCGUGUUCCUCCUCACACCUGCACUUCACCUGAUUACAAGUGCUCAUGCCUCAAAGUCUGAGAUUGUGAAGUCUGGGAGUCCGAAAUCUACUCUCAAGCACAUAUGGACAGAAGGCAGUAAGGACAUGUCCAUCAGUAGGCUGUUGUUACAGACUCUGCAUGGCAAAGAGAACAACACGGCAUUGGACUUCCGUUAUGAUACUCCAGAGCCCUAUUCAGAGCAGGAUCUGUGGGACUGGUUGAGGAACUCCACAGACCUGCAGGACUCGCGGCCCAGGGCUAAACGACGGCCCAUGGUCAAGACUGGGAAGUUCAAGAAGAUGUUCGGCUGGGGGGACUUUCACUCUAAUAUCAAGACAGUGAAACUCAACCUACUGAUCACUGGUAAGAUUGUGGAUCACGGCAACGGCACAUUCAGUGUCUACUUCCGCCACAACUCAACAGGCCAGGGCAACGUAUCGGUCAGCUUGGUCCCGCCCACGAAGAUAGUGGAGUUUGAUGUAGCAGCGCAGCAGUCGGUCAUCGAUGCCAAGGACUCCAAGUCCUUCAAUUGCCGCGUAGAGUACGAGAAGGUGGAGAAGGGCGCCAAGAACACGCUCUGCAACUUUGACCCAUCCAAGACGUGCUACCAGGAGCAAACUCAGAGCCACGUCUCCUGGCUCUGCUCAAAACCUUUUAAAGUGAUCUGCAUCUUUAUCUCCUUCUACAGCACCGACUACAAACUGGUGCAGAAAGUGUGUCCGGAUUACAACUACCAUAGUGACACUCCAUACUUCCCCUCUGGCUGACAUCCCCUCAUGCAGUAGACAAGCGUUAACCAGGGCUUACACCCACCACAAAGAAAUGUGUAUGUUAGCCAUCCUAUCCGCUAAAAUGUCAAACCGGUACCAAACGAUCCUAUUGAUAUCUUAUUCUAACGUUUACAUUUUUGCAGGGAUUACAUUUUGUUUUGAUGUUAAAUUAGUAAAAAAAAAAAAAAAAAGCUUAAAAGCAGAGAAUUAUAUGACUUGAUUUUGUCAACUCGGGGUUUAUCCCUGUUGAAUGUUCAUUCAUUGGUACUUUUUGGAGUGUCGUCAGACUCGCUCUGUGCUUUUUUGGGGUGGGGGGUUUGGUCACACUCACAAAGUUUUUGCAAUUCUUUGGAUGGACUCAUGCAGGCUUGUUGAUCAUUGACUGUGCGAGCCAGGUGAAGAUGCUGUGAGGAUACAAACAUGACUUUAAUGCGAAUUUGUGAGGUGGUCUGUACAACUAACUCAGCAUUUGACUGGCUUCAGAAUGUUGUUACAUGCACACUACAGUAAUCCCUCGCCAUGUCACGGCUUUUCAAAAAUGCAUUAAUGAAUGAAUCCGCUGUUUCGUGGUUGACUAUUAAUAGUCCAAUGCAUAUUUAAGCAAAUUCUACAUAUUUUUCUGCCUGAAGUAAGCAUUUUCAAGCAUAAAAAUGGCUAAAUGACCUGAAAUGCAAACAUAAGGCAUUCAGAAGAUGCCAAAGACAUGAUGAUAUGUAAUAUUCUACACUGGUCACUAGGUGUCAGUAAUGUUACAUUGAUAAGACGAUAGCCACCACAUGAAGUACUGUACAAAAACAAGGAGUAAAAAAAAGGAACAACAAGGAACUCUCCUAAUGCUAAUGUGUGUGAGUCUAUAUUAUGUCUUAUUUUCUCUUAUUAUGUCUACUAUGUGGGUAAUAGGAGUGUAAAGGUGACUCUAAUGGUGUUAUUUCAUGUCUUGAGGGCUGUAAUGAUGUUUAAAAGCGUAUUUAGAAGGUCUUAAACGGGUUUCUGUAACUAUGCUCUAACUAUGAAAAUAUUUCACUUAUAAAUAAGGAAUCCUACUUCGUGGAAAUUCACUUAGCACUUUCGGGUCUGGAACCAGUUAACCGCGAUAAAUGAGGGAUUACUGUAAUAAUGCAAGAAUAAAGGAAUUCUGAACUGGUCGUCAUCUGAUUACCUGACUGUCACCUAAUUAUAGUUUGUGGAUAGUUUUGGGGGGGAUGGGGCUCACUCUUUAUGACUUGGUGGUAUACAGUGGUGUGAAAAAGUGUUUUCCCCCUUCCUGAUUUCUUUAUUUUUUUUCAUGUUUGUCACACUUAAAUGUUUCAGAUCAUCAAACAAAUGUAAAUAUUAGUCAAUGACAACACAACUGAACACAAAAUGCAGUUUUUUAAAUGAAACUUUUUAUUAUUAAGGGAGAAAAAAAUCCAAACCUACAUGUCCCUGUGUGAAAAAGUGAUUGCCCCCUAAACCUAAUAAGUGGUUGGGCCACCCUUAGCAGCAACAACUGCAAUCAAGCGUUUGUGAUAACUUGCAAUGAGUCUCUUCCAGCGCUGUGGAGGAAUUUUGGCCCACUCAUCUUUGCAGAAUUGUUGUAAUUCAGCCACAUUGGAGGGUUUUCCAGCAUGAAGCGCCUUUUUAAGGUCAUGCCACAGCAUCUCAAUAGGAUUCAGGUCAGGACUUGGACUAGGCCACUCCAAAGUCUUUCAUUUUGUUUUUCUUCAGUCAUUCAGAGGUGGACUUGCUGGUGUGUUUUGGAUCAUUGUCCUGCUGCAGAACCCAAGUUGGUUUCAGCUUGAGGUCACCAACAGAUGGCCAGACUUUCUCAUUCAGGAUUUUUUGGCAGACAGCCGAAUUCAUGGUUCCAUUUAUCACAGCAAGUCUUCCAGGUCUUGAAGCAGUAAAACAGCCCCAGACCAUCACACUACCACCACCAUAUUUUACUGUUGGUAUGAUGUUCUUUUUCUGCAAUGCAACGUUACUUUUAUGCCACAUGUAAUGGGACACACACCUUCCAAAAAGUUCAACUUUUGUCUUGUCACACCACAGAGUGUUUUCCCAAAAGCCUCGGGGAUCUUCAAGAUGUUUUCUGGUAAAAUUGAGAUGAGCCUUGUUGUUCUUUUUGUUCAGCAGUGGUUUUCGUCUUAGAACUCUGCCAUGCAGGCCAUUUUUGCCCAGUGUCUUUCUUAUGAUGGAGUCAUGAACACUGACCUUAACUGAGGAAAGUGAGGCCUGCAUUUCUUUGGAUGUUGUUGUGGGGUCUUUUGUGACCUCUUGGAUGAGUCAUCGCGGCGCUUUUGGGGUAAUAAACUCCUGGGAAGGUUCACCACUGUUCCAUGUUUUUGCCAUUUGUGGAUAAUGGCUCUGACUAUGGUUCACUGGAGUCCCAAAGGUUUAAAAAUGGCUUUCUAACCUUUUUCAGACUGAUAGAUCUCAAUUAAUAUCAGUUAAGUUAUGUUUUAACAGGGGGGCAAUGACUUUUUUACACAGGGACAUGUAGGUUUGGAUUUUUUUUUCCUCCCUUAGUAAUAAAACGUUUUAUUUAAAAACUGCAUUUUGUGUUCAGUUGUGUUGUCGUUGACUUAUAUCAAAAUUUUUUGUUGAUCUGAAACAUUUAAGUGUGACAAACAUGCAAAAAAAAUAAAGAAAUCAGGAAGAGGGCAAACACUUUCUCACACCGCUGUAAGUAUUUGAUCCCCUUCCAACCAGCAUUGUGCAUUGUGACCGCCACAGAGCGGCUAUGUGUCCAUCAAACACACACGAGUCCUGUCCCUUUAAGAAAGUACUCCUAGUCGCAACUCGGUAUGUUGUCAUUACAACCAUGGGCAACACCUAAGAGCUGGUGUCAAGAUUGAAGACCUGCAGAAUGGACUAGGAGCUUUCAUGCAAGAUUUCAACCGGUAGGGGAAUGAUGGGGGAAGAGCUGGUUGAUGAUGUCAAGGGAGUUGAGAGAACCGUCACAAAAAAGCAUUAAUAAGACACUUUGCUGUAAUGGAUUGAGAUCCUGCAGUACCCACAAGGUCCCCCUGCUCAAGCAGACACAUGUCCAGACCCGUCUGAACACCAAAAUGGAGCUCUUUGCAUGCUUCAAAUGGACUGGACGUGUUUGGAGGCAGAGAAAUGGUGAAUAUGAGUCCAACGACACCAUCCCUACUGACAUGGAGAUGGAAACAUGCUUUGGGGUGGUUUCUCUGACCAAAAUCCCUCCUUGGAUGUAUGCAACCCUGGUUUUGUAUUGGGAUCAAAUACUUAGUUUCCUCAUUUACGAGUUAUUUUAUAACCAUUAUUUUAAUGCUUUUUUUCCUGAUUUUUCUUACAUUUUGCCUCUUGAACUUAGCAUUAUACUUAUUUUCCCACUUUAUAUAUACAUACACACACACACACACACACACACACACACAGAAGAGAAAAUUGUAAUGUAUUUAUAUAUAGAAAUGAUUGCAUAAUUUGUAUGAAUGGUUUGUAUUGUACAUAUUUCAUCCUUCUAGCGUUGCUUCUGUACAUGCACCCCAUGAGCUGUUGGUGUUACCCCCUUUCCUGCUGAGUCAUUUAUGCUUGUUCUUGGUUCUUCUAUCCCAGAAAAUGAUGUUUCUGCCCUAGAUGUGAUUUUACUGAAAACAGCAAACCUGUAUUGAAGCUGUAGCAACUAAAUAUAUUAAAAGUAUUCAUUGGAAUUUUCUUUAAUGGGGAAAAGUUUCAAAAAUUAAAAUGAUAGUACAAUG